ACUUGACAUAUCCCACAAUUCCGUGCAAUUCGCGGCAAGACCAAGCAACAAAAUGCCGGGCAAUCACCAAGCCCGCUUUGCCGUGGUUGACCAAGCUCUGGAAAAGCUGGAUAAAGUGAAAGACUACAUCACAGUUGGAAUGGAGACCGUUAUAGACGUGACACAAGACUUUGUGCAGUGUGACAAAGGUGAGAGCACGGAUAAAGAGAAUGAGUUAAAAGAUAUGAUGCUGCAGUAUAUAAGCAUGGAGGCUGAGCUUCAGCAUUUCCUCUCCGCAGUUGAUCACGUCAAAACUCAGAGCACUGGUGACACGGUGGGCAUGGCGGACAUGUUGGACAGAGAAUUCACUGAGAGGAAAAAGACAAUAGACCCUGCCAGGUUACAGGAACACAUCAAAUAUAAAGAUCUGAAUCAGAAGAUAUGGGACACACUUCACCCAGAUGAGUUAAUGCCAGAGCAGGCCAGCCUUGACCUUGAUGAUGAUGACCUUGCCAUGACCCAGCAAGUGGUGGUCACCAAGUGUCCGUACACGGGUCAAGAGAUGAUCAACCCCAUGAGGAACAAAUUGUGUGAUCACAGAUAUGACAGAGCCGCCGUAGAGGAGAUGCUGAAGAAGAGAGGCAGCAGAGCCAAGUGCCCGGUGGCGGGAUGUGCCAACACUAAACCCAUCAGCCAGGACGACCUGGAGGAAGACAAUAAAUUCAAACGAUACAUAGAAACUAAGAACAGACAGGAAGGAAAGAGGACAAAGCGACCAGGAAGAGGGGCAUUUAAUGUGUGACAGCUCAUGAACUUGGAAUUCCAAGUGAGAGUCAUCAGGGUGCUAGAUUUGUUCAGUGUCAACCAAGGUUUUGUCAACACUGAGAACACAAGAGGAAGCUGUGGAUAUAUUUUUUAAAUGCUGCUGACUGCGAAAGGACAUUGUGGGACCAUUCUCACAGAUAAUUGGAUCGAUCUAUCUCCCUGGGGAAUCUCACUAAAUUGCUGUCAACUUGACCGGCAUAAAUGUCUGUCACGCCUAGUAAAGUUGUUAGGGGGUAAUUAUCUUGACCUCUAGCUGAUUUGGUGGGCAUGACAGACAUUUAAGCCAGUUAGAUGAUAGCAUUUUAGUGAGACUCCUCACGGAGUUAGGUCGAUCCAGAUGGAUCAAUCUAGGUAUGGGAACCCAGUCUAUGACUAAAAGAGAUUAAGGAAAGUGACACUUAUCACGUGUAGUAAGAUACUGUAGUGGUGCAUGGAGUUUAUGUUAUGACAUGGUCCUGGUGAACUGUCGCAGGACUUAAUUUAUUCUUCCAUUUUUUAGGGGGCAACCCAAACCAGUAAAUGAGAGUCACUGGUGGUAAUAGGACGAUGACAGAAAUCUUGGAAUGAAAAUGAAAAAAAUUGAGACUGAAUAGCACCAUUUGGUGACUUCCUCACUUAAUUUUUUCAGUUUUUAUAUUGACAGAAUUUCAUUCUCUGUAUAACUUUUUUACAAUGGUAUAAAUUCAAGGUGGGAUAUGUUAAAAAUUGUUGAUAUAAGUAUGCCAUUAGAACUGUGCUAAUUUUGGAGGCAGAUGCAGAUACCUCUGUACGUCACUGUAUUCAAUAGGAAGGGCAAUUAGACUUGGAUGUGGGAUAAUUCACGGAGUUAUGUGGCAAGGCAUGAUGAUGUAUGAAAAAUUUUAGAUGCUAUUUAGGUUUUGAAGUGACCUAUUGGUUUCUUAAUGCUAUCCAAUUCAAAAAUAAAGGGAAACUGCCAAAAUUAUAUAUAGAUUAAAAUGAUGUGUUGUAAAUUGCUGAUUGAAUUCUGUAGUGCAAAUUGGUAAAUGUGUAGAAAAAUAUUGUAUCCGGGAAAAACAUCAACAUCCGACUUUUGCUUAAAGAAUUUGGGCA